AUGGUCGUGCCGCGCUUCUGCCUGCGCGCGCGCACUCUGCUCACGGCGCUGGUCCUCGCAUCGCUGUUGACCUGGUCCGUUUCGCGCUGGCGCUCUGCUGCUCCUCCCGCGCUCCCCCGUGGGAGCCCCGCGUCCCAAAAUGUCUCUCCUGACCUCACAGACGCCCACAAAGAGUUCUGGAGGACAUUUAACCGGUACCUGGAGAAAAGCGCGCCGGGCACCGCCCCCAUUGUCGAAUUUGAGAAAGCUCCGACGGAGCGAUUCGACCCGAACGACGCCCGCCCACGCCCGGACUACCUGAGCGUGGAGGCUGAGGAUGUCGAGGCGAUUAAGAAUGCGCAUACAGAGUUCGUGGCUGCCAUCACGGAUGCGAGCUCCACGCCGGUCCUCCCCUACGUCCCCGGCACCAAGGGCGUCGUCUCCACGGCGGGCGGCGCAUACCUACCCGUCCUGGUGAUAUCGCUGCGCAUGCUCCGCCGGACGGGCUCGACGCUACCGAUGGAAGUCUUCCUAGCCGACGAAGAGGAAUAUGAAGAGUACAUCUGCGACGUGGUGCUGCCGGCGCUGGACGCGCGGUGCGUCGUGCUCUCGCGCAUCCUUGCCGCUGCGCCGGCCGCCAUCGAGAAGUACCAGUUGAAGCCGUUCGCAAUGCUCUUCUCCUCGUUUGAGGAAAUCCUCUUCCUAGACGCAGACGCUUUCCCGCUCGACAAGCCCGAAACCCUCUUCCGUGAAGACCCGUUCCGUGCAAAGGGCAUGGUGACGUGGCCCGAUUUCUGGGGGUCGACGGUGUCGUCGCUGUUCUACGAGAUUGUCGGCACGCCCGCCCCGCCGCGCACCCUGCGUCAGUCCUCCGAAUCUGGUGAGAUCCUGCUGUCUAAGAAGACGCAUGCGCGCACCCUCCUUCUCGCUACGUAUUAUAACUACUAUGGCCCGUCGCAUUAUUACCCGCUCCUCUCGCAGGGCGCCGCCGGCGAGGGCGACAAGGAGACGUUCCUCGCCGCCGCAACCGCCAUGCAAGAGCCCUUCUACCAGGUCAGCGAGCCGAUCGUCGCGCUCGGCCACCGCAAAGAUAAAGGCGGUGGAUUUGCCGGUUCCGCGAUGGCGCAGUUCAAUCCUGUCCAGGACUAUGCGUUGAUUCAGGCGGGCAAGGCGCGCGUGCGCGGCGACGACGCACCGCCGCCGGACGUGUUCGUUAUUCACGCCAAUUUCCCCAAGUUUAAUCCGGCCACGGUCUUUGAGAAGCACGAGGUUAAUCCGACGUUUACGGAUGACGGGGCGUACACGCGGGCGUGGACGAUUCCGGAGGAGGUCGUGCGGAGAUUUAGUGAGAGGGGGGAUGUAGAGAUGGCGUUUUGGAAGGAGGUUAAGUGGACAGCGUGCGAGCUGGAGGAUAAGUUUGUGAGUUGGAAGGGGUACACUGGCAUCUGUGAGCGGGUCUCGGAUUAUUGGCGGAAUGUCUUUGAGAGGAAGCCGCUUCCUACGUGA